CUUAUAACCAACAUUUGUGGUUUUUCAAAAGCAACAUGCCAACCGCCAACGAAUUGCGUUUAAACAGGAGUCUUUUGGACAAGGAUUUCGACGGAUACAAACUCUCCCUGUCACCCAUUCCUGUCUAUAAAGAGGAAUUCGAAAAUGAGGUCGACGUCUUGAGGCCCAAUGAAGAUCAGUAUUCUUUUCUCCACCAUAGAGAGUUCAGCCUUCAUAACCACUUGUACGGGGACUUGUGGAAUAAAGAUAUAGUUUAUUUUAUAGAUUCUAAAUGCAAGAUAAGACGGAGUUGGAUGAAUGAGCUGGAGAAGCUAGAAAAGAUAGUUGACAUAUGGGAAAUUCCAGUUAAGCAUGCCAGAAAACCGGGCCAUUUCAAUACAUCUCUCUGCUUCGCAUCGGUCGACAUUGCUGUUGUCAGCGAUGGGGCCGGCAGUCUUUAUGUCCUCGAAACCUCUUCUAGAGCAGAUGUAAUCCCUUGGAAGGUAUUACAUAAUGAGGAAGUACUCGGAGAAGCGGUUCCCUUUAAAAUUGUAGAUGCAAGGUGUAUUGAUGAAUCACCAAACAGAGUCGUACAUUGUCUGCUUCUUUAUGUUGAUGCGCAAUUAGAAAAAAAUUCCAGCAAGAUUGAUGAUUUGAACGACAAUAAAAACUCAAAGUUUGAAACUGUUCUCAAUUGGAUUACUUUAGUUGAAGAAAUUACAGGCUAUUGGUCAAAAAAAUCAGUCAAAGUGAUCAAAGGAAAAGGCGUUCUUGAUUACGCUGCUCUAGAAUCUGAUUGUAAUGGCGUUUAUUUAAUUAGCAGCUCAAAUUUUCAGAGUGAUAAAAAGGAUACAAUAGAAAAGAUGGAUUGCGAAGAAGAUCCACUGCCUGAGCCGACUCCAGAUUUCUUCUGGCAGCAAACUUUUGAAGAAGUGAAGUUUUGGUUCGAUGUACCAGAAGGCUCUGCUAAGUCUGACAUUAAAGUUAUGCCGACGGAACAAGAAAUCAAGAUAACAUUAAGGGGAGAAAUAAUUUUCAGUGGAACGUUCCACCUGCCUAUUGAUCCUGACUUAACCACUUGGAACUUGAAUAACCAAAAGUUUGAAGUGACAGUUCAAAAACUAGCUGAAGGAUCCAUGUGGGAAAAAUUUGUCGUUACUAACAAAGUGGGAAAAGAAAUCAUAGAUGAAGAAAUGGUUGCCGAUGUUCAUAAAAAACUUGAACAUCUUUGUUCUGAAAAUAUGGAGUCAGGAGGGUCGGCUGUGUUGAAUUCUGGCCAACUUGAAGAAUGUGAUGCCUUCGAUGAAUCACGAGCUUUGUACCGACUUGAUUACGAAUCUUGCGAGCUUACUCAUAAAGUUGUGUUAGGAAGUCAACAGUGGCUGUUUAAGACUCAUGUUUAUCCAGAAAAACCACCGGCUUUUUGCAUAAGAAAUGAUGUCGAUGGUUGCGUCUGGCAGCCAGAGACUCCGUCGAAAGAUGAUAAAACAUGGAAUUGUGACCAUAUCGGGACAUUCCUAGCAUUCGGAUACAUACAAGCAUCAAAAGUCAAUAAGAAAUUUACCAUCGCUCCACCUGAUAUGUCAUAUAUAUCAAUAGUAGACGUCACUGGACAUGUAAUGUUAUACAGAAAAGGGAUUGCUGUUAUAGGCCAAUUGAGGAACAGGAAAACAGGAAGGAGCCUAAAAGAAAUCGCUGUUCAGAAUUUAAUAAAUUUACAAACAAACAAUGAAAUCGUCGGAGCCUUUGCUUCGGAAAAAUAUUGUUUUGUUCUCACAAAGAAAAGCCUGCAUGUUUUGCAUGUGUCUUAGUUGUGCAUACAUUAAUUAAACUAUUAAUAAAACUUUUGUACAGUGUAAA